CCACGAAAUAAUACCAUGACUACAGCGCUCCUUAUAUGUGAGUGUUGCCUCCCAGUGCCCUUUCUCUCUCUUCUGCUGUACAGGGAUGAGCUUCAAGUCAGUUCCACACAAGGUGUGUUGGUCGGUGUGCUAGCAGAGUCAUCCUCACAUCGGGUCAGGAUCGCUGGUGGUCAUGAUGCCCAGAAAGGUGACUACCCGUGGCUGGUGAGCAUACAGGCUACCAAUUUCCAGCAGUCGUGGCCACUAUGUAGUGGUGUUCUCCUCACCCCAGAGUGGGUCCUUACUGCAGCUCACUGCCUCGACUCAGAGAAACCAGAAUGGCUAUGGGUGGUGUCUGGAGAGUACGAUACCACGAUAGAUGAGGGCACCGAACAACACCUAUAUGUUGACUACUUCAUCAAACACCCAGAGUACACCUAUUGGGAGAUGCCAUACCACAACGAUGUAGGGCUCGUCCACUUGUCUACCCCGGCUACCCUUGACCUGUACACCGACGUGGCUCCCGUCCCUGCCGACUCCUCCCAGAUCUUGACAGGAAGGUGUCAGGAGGCUGGUUGGGGAGCGACAAAAGAUGGUGGGCCGGCAGCCACCAUUCUACAGUGGACUGAGGUGCCACUGCUCAUCCCAGAUUACUGUGAAGACGCCUACUCCUUCCCUCCCGACCCCAAUGCACUGUGUGCUGGCAACCUCCAAGGUGGCGUCGGUGCUUGUACGGGUGACAAUGGAGGCGGACUGGUAUGUGAGGACCCUGAGACUGGCGCCUACAUUGUCGGGGGUAUCAUGUCUUGGCGGGAAGGGUGUGCACGCAAGAACCUGCCUGCUGUAUAUAUGAGCGUAGCCAGAUACAGGGACUGGAUAAUUGGCACCAUCAACCAGCCUCAACUCUAACUUCCAUCUACACCAGCUAUAUAAUUGUGCAUGAGAAGAGAGGGACAAUAUUAAGAAAGUACUUAAUCAUUAAUUUUCAAAACCUAGACUAACACAAUAAAACUUCACCUAACCUAAUAAAGCCUAGAAGAGCCAAACCUAGCCAAACUAAAUUUAACCAAAGGAAACCUAACCUAACCAACCAUAACUAAUCUAGGUUAGGUCCAUGUUGCAACCUUGAAAUAUUUAGUGUGGAGGUCCUGUUCAUGGUACUUUUCCACCACUGACCUUCUUGCCACCUAAUCCAUUUUAUUUUGUCUUGGGGAAGAUAUUUCUUUUCAAGGGACCAUAUCUCCCAUUAUAUACUGAAAAUUAAAGAGAAAAAAUUUU